UAAACGUGUUUCAAUUUUCUUCGGAGAAAAUCAAAAUUCAAAAUUUUUCGUCCAGGACAAAAAAAUUUUGAAAAGAUUGGCAAACAAAUUUGGUAAAACUUUUGGCAUUUGAAAUUAAGUACAUGUUCAAACUAGCGAGUAAAGAUAUGCUUAGGUUACCGCUCUCACUAAUUGCGAAGCGGUGCUUAUCAUGCAAUGCGCUUCACAACAACACCAGUGUACUAUCCGCUGUCAGCGGAACUUUGAUACGGGACCAACUACACAAACCAUCAAUCUUUGCCACAUCGAAGCGUUUCAUGGCUGUUUGUGGCGGAGACUGCCCUGCUAAAUCAGACUUGUGCAAGUUCUUUAAAAAGCAGAAGAAAGCCCCCAAGAAAAGCAAACCAAAGGUAGAGAAAGCUAAAUUCAAGUCCAUGUGGGAGAAUCCCCCUUGUUGCAUAAGGGUCUGUAUACUACCGAAGAGGUUUGAUGAACUUUAUUACAUGCCCAAGACUAAAGCUGAACGUAGAUAUACGCAAACAUGGCGCGAAUGUCCAAGGGAAAUCAAGCCCUUUAAACGAUGUGAAGUUGUAUAUCAAUGCGAAGACAUUAUACUACGCGAUCCUUUGUGUAAACCGAUGACAGCAAAACCAAAAGAUAUGGAGAAAUUUAUGGCAAGUAGAAAUUUCAAGUGUCCAAAAAUGAAAUUGACAGAAUGUCGUCCUGCACGUAACCCCCCACGUUGUCAAAAGACGCGUUCCCCAACGGAUUGUAAAAAAGUGAAUUGCCCAGUAAAGAGCUUUUCGGAGUGUCUUAAACCACCAUUUAAGAAGCUGCGCCCCGUUGAGUGUCAAUGCUUGAGAGCAUCGUCAUGUGACGCACACAACUAUUUCAUACAAAAGAACAAGAAAUAGGUUACACACUCGCUAGUGACUGGUUCCGCUGUAUAGAAACUGUGUAUGAAUGUAACUUGAAGAUCACUUCUACGCUUUAGCAUUCGCACAUAUAAAUCAAUGUUGCGGAUGUUUUAUGCUAUUGAAGUUUACAAUGGAAUAACACCUAGGGUGAUAGACCUGUACCUGGACGUAGUUUUAUGAUGUUAUUCUUGUUAUUCUUAUCAGCGGACCAAAAUUUCCAGACCAGAACAUGAAAAAUUUGCCCAAAAGUUCCCAAAAAUAAAAUUGCUUCAAUAUUUUAA